AUGUCGCAGCCGUCGACCUCGACGCCCUCGACGCCCUCGACGCCCUACGAGCUGGCCAAGGCGUACAGCGCCCUGCCGCGCACCCAAAAGACGCCCAGCGGCAAGGUCGACAACCUUUGGGUGCUCUCCGUCCGAAAGGUGACGCUCGAGCCGCCAGGGCUCGUGCUCCACCUCGUCAACCCGGACAGCCGCUACGUCCACGUCGAAAAGCUGCCCGCCGCCAUCGACGACGCCGACCAGCCGCAGCGCCUCGCCGUCCCCGUCGCACUCGCCCUCAUGAAGGCCUUUGUCGAGGGCAUGAUGAACCCAAACACCCCCAUCGCGCCGCACGAUCGCCCCAAGCCGUUCGCACCCUGGUCCAUGGCCAUGCUCGACUCGGACCAGCAGCUCGCCAAGCUCGUCCAGCGGCAGCUCAAGGGGCUCGGCGUCGACAAGGACAAACGCACCUUUGACACCACCACGCCUCAGCACGCCAGCAUCGCCGACCAGGUCUGGCACGACUUUUUCGAGAAGCUGUCGAAUGCCGUCGAGCCCUAG